CGCGCCCGGCCCUCGCCAUGUCUUCUCACAAGACCUUCAGGAUUAAGCCAUUCCUGGCUAAGAAACAAAAGCAAAAUCGUUCCAUUCCCCAGUGGAUUCAGAUGAAAACUGGUAAUAAAAUAAGGUACAACUCCAAAAGGAGACAUUGGAGAAGAACCAAGCUGGGUCUAUAA